AUGUCUACUUCAAACUCCCUCGCGAUCUUCUUCAGCCAACAAGCUAGCAUUGGUGGCAUUGUUGUUAAAGAACAGCCCAAACUCGACCUCGACCUCUACAUCUCGAACUACACCGGUCGAACAAGAAUCGAUCGUCUCUUGCAAAUUGGAAAGUCAUCGGUUCCACUAUGCGUUGAUGCACUCAAGCUCGCCAUAGCUGAGGCCAAGGCAGGCUCAGAUGUGAGCCAGUAUAUCGAAGCUUGGGGUUGCUUCCGUCAUGUAGCCCCCCAAGAACCCGAGGCCGAGAGAGAUCAGGCAUGGAUUGAUCGAGUCGAACAAUCGAACAAAGCCGAGACCGCACGUCUCGAAGCCCAGCUCAAGCAGUACCGUCAUAACUUGAUCAAGGAAAGCAUCAGGAUGGGCAACGAGGAUUUGGGGCAGCACUUCGAGAAAACCGGAAACCUAGAGGCAGCGGCAGAAGCAUACAACCGCAUGCGACAGGAUGUCACAACCACCAAGCACAUCAUUGACUGCGGCAUACACCUGGUCAAUGUCUACAUCGCCAGGCGAGACUGGACUAUGGUUCUCAAUAACCUUGGGAAGAUCACCGGUGUUCAGAGCGGCGACGAAGAACGAACGUAUCAACCUUACACGAAACUUGUAUCCGGUAUCGCACUCCUUGGGUUGAAGCACUACCAAGACGCAGCCAAAAACUUUCUGCAAGUUGACUUCACUCUACCCUCAGCGCAAUACAAUCAUAUCGCCAGUCCGAACGAUAUUGCGGUAUAUGGAGGGUUGCUUGCUUUGGCGACAAUGGAAAGAAAGGAACUACAGACUCGAGUGCUGGAGAACCAAUCCUUCCGUUCAUUCCUGGAGAAUGAGUCCCACAUUCGCAAGGCAAUUAGUCUAUUUGUCAAUGGCCGGUAUUCAAACUGCCUAGCCAUCCUUGAGUCCGUUCGGAAUGAUUACUUGCUGGAUAUUUAUCUACAACGUCACGUCUCUGCGCUCUACUCGCUGAUCCGGAACAAAUGCAUCGUUCAGUACUUUAUUCCCUUCUCAUGCGUCACCCUUGAGAACCUCAACAUGGCAUUUGCACCAGAAGGAGAGUCGGUAGAAACCGAGCUUGUUGCCAUGAUUCGUUCGGGAACUCUCAAGGCCCGCCUGGAUGCAAAGAACCAGCUUCUUAUCGCUGUCCAACCUAAUCCUCGGCUUCAAAUGCAAAAGCAGGCCCUUGACGUCUCUCGCCAGUACGAGCAAGAGGCUAAGGACAGGCUUCGCCGCAUGAAUAUUGUUGCUGCUGGUCUGGAGGUUGUCGGCAAGAGACAGCCACAUUCAGGCCCCGUUGGUCGUGGAAUCGACGAGCAGUGGUAUGAUGAUGCCAGAGCACCUGGUCAGCCAGGCAGAGUUGAGGCAGCUUAG